ACGAGUACCUUGUUCAAUAAUUAAAUAUAAAAAAGAAAUAAGAGGGAAUACAAUCAGUUUUCCACUUAUUGUUGCGCGUUAGUUGAGCAACACUUAAGUGCAUUUGAUGGUGGCAAAAUGAUACUGAUUGGGUGUGUCUUGGCCAUAUUGGCCCUAGCUGAACAAAGUGCAGCAUACAGCUGUCCGACUUGCUACAAGUCCGCCUGUUUAACCGACAACGUCCCCCGGUUAAAAUGCACAAGAACCGCCACCGUACUACCCCUGAGUGAAAUUACAAUUAAUUUAACCGAGAAUACGGAAUACGGUUGCUUGGAACUCGAGUAUAUUGAAGAUGGCAAGCAACAACACCUUAAGCAGUGCGUAACGAGCAAUGAGGAAGACGAUCUUUGUGAGAUUUUUAAAAAGAAUUUAAAUGUUACAUUCUGUAAUCUGGUUAAGCAAUCUGGCAACCUUGUCAUCAAAGAUUAUAAUAUUGCUACGGACGCUCCAAGUACAACCACAAGUCCUACGGACACUCCGAGUAAAACCACAAGUCCUACGGACACUCCGAGUAAAACCACAAGUCCUACGGACACUCCAACGACAACCACAAGUCCUACGGACACUCCGAGUAAAACCACAAGUCCUACGGACACUCCGAGUAAAACCACAAGUCCUACGGACACUCCGAGUAAAACCACAAGUCCUACGGACACUCCGAGUAAAACCACAAGUCCUACGGACACUCCAACGACAACCACAAGUCCUACGGACACUCCGAGUAAAACCACAAGUCCUACGGACACUCCGAGUAAAACCACAAGUCCUACGGACACUCCAACGACAACCACAAGUCCUACGGACACUCCGAGUAAAACCACAAGUACUACGGACACUCCGAGUAAAACCACAAGUCCUACGGACACUCCGAGUAAAACCACAAGUCCUACGGACACUCCGAGUAAAACCACAAGUUCUACGGACACUCCGAGUAAAACCACAAGUCCUACGGACACUCCAACGACAACCACAAGUCCUACGGACACUCCGAGUAAAACCACAAGUCCUACGGACACUCCAACGACAACCACAAGUCCUACGGACACUCCGAGUAAAACCACAAGUACUACGGACACUCCGAGUAAAACCACAAGUCCUACGGACACUCCGAGUAAAACCACAAGUCCUACGGACACUCCAACGACAACCACAAGUCCUACGGACACUCCAACGACAACCACAAGUCCUACGGACACUCCGAGUAAAACCACAAGUACUACGGACACUCCGAGUAAAACCACAAGUCCUACGGACACUCCGAGUAAAACCACAAGUCCUACGGACACUCCAACGACAACCACAAGUCCUACGGACACUCCAACGACAACCACAAGUCCUACGGACACUCCGAGUAAAACCACAAGUUCUACGGACACUCCGAGUAAAACCACAAGUCCUACGGACACUCCGAGUAAAACCACAAGUCCUACGGACACUCCAACGACAACCACAAGUCCUACGGACACUCCGAGUAAAACCACAAGUCCUACGGAUCCUACGGACACUCCGAGAACAACCACGAGUCCUACGGACACUCCGAGUACAACCACGAGUCCUACGGACACUCCGAGUACAACCACGAGUCCUACGGACACUCCGAGUACAACCACGAGUCCUACGGACACUCCGAGUUAA